AUGAGUGUAUGGAGAGUGGCCGCGUUGCUGGUGGUGCUACUGACGGUGUUUAGCGGGGCUUUGUCGCAGCCAUGCCCGACUCAGUGCUCUUGCACCGGGACCACGGUGGACUGCCACGGCCAGGGGCUUCGAAGCGUGCCUAGGAACAUACCCAGGAACACGGAACGACUGGAUUUGAAUGCGAAUAACCUGACAAAAAUCAACAAGGCAGACUUCGCUGGACUUCGACAUCUGAGAGUUCUGCAACUUAUGGAGAAUAAGAUAAGUGUUAUAGAGAGAGGAGCAUUUCAGGACUUGAAAGAGCUGGAGAGACUGCGUCUGAACAGGAACAAUCUACAGGUUUUUCCAGAGCUGCUGUUUCUAGGAACCGUGAAGCUAUACCGACUGGAUCUGAGUGAAAAUCAAAUCCAGGGUAUUCCCAGGAAAGCAUUCAGAGGAGCCACAGAGAUCAAAAACCUGCAGCUGGACUAUAAUCAAAUCGGCUGCAUCGAAGACGGCGCAUUUCGAGCCUUACGUGACCUGGAAGUACUGACGCUGAACAACAAUAACAUCACCCGUCUGUCGGUGGCCAGUUUUAACCACAUGCCCAAACUCAGGACUUUUCGGCUGCAUUCCAAUAACCUGCUGUGUGAUUGUCAUGUAGCCUGGCUCUCUGAUUGGUUGAGACAGAGGCCCCGCCUUGGGCUCUACACUCAGUGUAUGGGGCCUCCCCACUUGAGGGGCCACAAUGUUGCUGAGGUGCAGAAAAAAGAAUUCAUUUGCACUGACUAUGACGAAGGUCACCAGUCUUCGUCAUCCUGUAGCGUGCUGCAGUGCCCUGACUCCUGCACGUGUAGUAAUAACAUAGUGGACUGCAGAGGGAAGGGACUGACUGAGAUUCCCACCAACCUGCCAGAAACCAUCACCGAGAUCCGUCUGGAACAGAACUCCAUCAGAGUAAUCCCACCUGGAGCAUUCUCACCUUACAAACGUCUGAGGAGAAUAGACUUGAGUAAUAAUCAGAUAUCUGAAUUAGCUCCAGACUCGUUCCAAGGCCUCAGAUCUCUGAACUCCCUGGUUUUGUAUGGGAACAAAAUCACUGAACUACCAAAAGGCCUGUUUGAGGGACUGUUUUCUCUUCAAUUACUGCUGUUGAAUGCGAACAAAAUCAACUGUUUACGGGUAGACGCCUUCCAGGACCUUCACAACCUCAACCUGUUGUCUUUGUACGACAACAAACUCCAGACCAUCGCCAAGGGAACCUUCGCCUCGCUGAGAGCUAUCCAAACACUACACCUGGCCCAGAACCCGUUUAUCUGUGACUGUCAUUUGAAGUGGUUGGCAGAUUAUUUGCAGGAUAAUCCCAUCGAGACCAGCGGAGCUCGCUGCACUAGUCCUCGCCGUCUUACGAACAAGCGCAUCGGGCAGAUUAAGAGCAAGAAGUUCCGCUGUUCAGCUAAAGAACAAUAUUUCAUACCAGGGAUCCACCAUGUCAGCUGCUCUGAGGACUAUCGCUCUAAACUGGGCGGAGACUGUUUUGCUGACUUGGCGUGUCCCGAGAAAUGUCGCUGCGAAGGAACGACGGUGGACUGCUCUGGCCAAAAACUCACCAAGAUACCCGACCAUAUACCGCAGUACGCUGCAGAGCUACGUUUGAACAACAAUGAAUUCACGGUGCUGGAGGCCACUGGGAUCUUCAAGAAACUUCCUCAACUCCGCAAAAUUAACCUUAGCAACAACAAGAUCACAGAUAUUGAAGAAGGAACAUUCGAAGGAGCAAGUGGAGUGAAUGAACUCAUCCUGACCAGCAACCGUUUGGAGAACAUUCACUACCGCAUGCUGAAAGGACUGAGUGGGCUACGAACACUGAUGUUGCGGAGUAACAGGAUUAGCUGUGUGAGUAACAGUAGUUUUACUGGUCUGAGUUCAGUUCGACUCCUCUCGCUGUACGACAACCUCAUCACCUCUAUGUCUCCUGGAGCCUUUGACACACUGCACUCUCUCUCCACACUGAACCUGUUGGCCAAUCCCUUUAACUGUAACUGUCACCUGGCUUGGUUGGGGGAGUGGCUGAGAAAGAAGCGUAUCGUCACGGGCAACCCUCGCUGUCAGAAUCCCUACUUUCUGAAAGAGAUCCCCAUACAGGAUGUAGCAAUCCAAGACUUUGCCUGCGAGGAUGGGAAUGAUGUGAAUAGCUGUAGUCCUCUGUCUCGUUGUCCUGCUGAAUGCUCAUGCUUGGAUACAGUGGUGCGCUGCAGUAAUAAGGGACUGAAGGCCUUACCCAAAGGCAUUCCUAAAGAGGUCACUGAACUCUAUCUGGAUGGAAACGAGUUUACUCAAGUCCCACUGGAACUUUCCAAUUACAAGCACUUAACACUCAUUGAUUUGAGUAAUAACCAGAUCAGCACGCUAUCAAACCACAGCUUCAGUAACAUGUCCGAGCUUCUUACCCUCAUCUUAAGCUACAACAGACUGAGGUGUAUACCUGCCAAAGCAUUCGACGGACUCAGGACUCUCCGCCUACUAUCUCUCCAUGGUAACGACAUUGCUGUGAUCCCAGAGGGAGCGUUUAAAGAUCUGUCUUCUCUCUCCCACCUUGCUUUGGGCGCCAACCCCCUGUACUGUGACUGUAACAUGCAGUGGCUAUCUGACUGGGUAAAGAGUGGAUAUAAGGAGCCAGGCAUUGCUCGUUGUGCUGGACCAGGAGAAAUGACCGAUAAACUACUGCUAACCACACCAUCCAAGAAAUUCACCUGCCAAGAAGUCCCGGGGCCUUGUGGUUUUUUGGUACCAGGUCCAGUGGACGUGAAUAUUUUGGCGAAGUGUAACCCGUGUCUGUCCAACCCUUGCAAAAAUGACGGUACUUGCAGCAACCACCCUGUGGACUUUUACAGGUGUACCUGUCCCUACGGCUUUAAGGGUCAGGACUGUGAGGAACCAAUCCAUGCUUGCAUUACUAAUCCUUGUCAAAAUGGAGGUGUAUGCCACCUGAAAGAAGGAGAUGAGAGCAGUCACUGGUGUGUGUGUCCUGACGGGUUUGAGGGGGAAUCGUGUGAGAUCAACAUUGACGACUGUGAAGACAAUGACUGUGAGAAUAAUUCCACAUGUGCUGAUGGAAUUAACAACUACACUUGUCUCUGUGCGCCAGAGUACACAGCUGCUAAUAACAAUGAGGUGGAGAAAGGUGAACUGUGUGAGGAGAAGUUAGAUUUCUGUGCUCCUGAGCUCAAUCCAUGUCAACACGACUCUAAGUGCAUCCUAACUGAUCAGGGUUUUAAAUGUGAGUGUACUCCGGGCUAUACCGGUGAGCAGUGUGAAUUAGAUUUUGACGACUGCUCGGACAAUAAAUGUAAGAAUGGAGCGCAGUGUAUUGAUGCCGUCAACGGCUACACGUGUGUGUGCCCUGAAGGAUACAGUGGCUUGUUCUGUGAGUUCCCUCCACCAAUGGUCCUACCGCGGACCAGCCCGUGUGACAACUAUGACUGUGCCAAUGGAGCUCAGUGUGUCGUCAUGGAUAAUGACCCAGUCUGUCAGUGUCUCCAAGGUUACGAGGGACCGCGCUGUGAGCGGCUGGUUAGCGUGAACUUCAUCAACAGAGAAUCCUUCUUACAGAUCCCUUCCAACCUGAUAACAGAGCAGGCUAACAUAUCGCUGCAGAUCGCGACAGAUGAAGACAACGGUGUAUUGCUCUAUAAAGGAGACAAUGAACACAUAGCUGUGGAGUUAUACAGAGGUCGUCUGAGGGUCAGCUAUGAUACAGGGUCCUACCCUCCCUCUGCCAUAUACAGCGUGGAGACGAUAAAUGACGGCAGUUUUCACGUAGUAGAGUUGGUGGCUCGUGACCAAACUCUAUCCCUCUCUAUUGAUGGAGGCAGUCCCAAAUCUAUCAGCACCGUGUCCAAGCCGCCCACACCACCCAGCCCAUCACCACUGUACCUCGGGGGUUUGCCGGUACAGGCAGGUGUAGCUGCGCUACGUCAGGGUUCGAAUCGGAACGGUUCCAGUUUCCACGGCUGUAUUCGGAAUCUCUACAUAAACGACCAGCUCCAGGACCUUACGCAGUUUCUGCUGCAGGAGGGCGUGGUGCCCGGUUGCCAGCCGUGCCAGAAGAGUGUGUGUGCCCACGGCUCGUGCCAUCCCACUGGGCAUUCCUCAUUCAGCUGCGAGUGUGAGCCGGGCUGGACGGGACAGCUGUGUGACCAGCAGAUCAACAACCCCUGUGAUGGCAAUAAAUGUAUCCAUGGCACCUGUCUGCCCAUUAAUUCAUACUCCUACAGUUGCCGUUGCCAACCAGGUUUUGCGGGGGUACUUUGUGAUGAAGAGGAGGUCUACAGCCCUUGUCAAUCACUGCUGUGUAAGCACGGCCGGUGUCGUGUGUCUGGACUGGGCAAGGCUUACUGCGAGUGUAACAGUGGGUACUCCGGAGAAAACUGCGACAAAGAGGUGGCGUGUCGAGGGGAACGGGUCCGAGAUCACUAUCAGAAGCAGCAGGGCUAUGCGGCGUGCCAGACCACAGAGAAGGUCUCCCGCUUAGAGUGUCGGGGGAGCUGUCAGGGGGGAUCCUGUUGCGCUCCCCUCCGUAGCAAACGGCGGAAAUACACCUUUGAAUGCACUGACGGCUCCUCUUUCGUCCAGGAGGUGGAGAAAGUGGUCAAAUGUGGCUGUACAAAAUGUCCGUCCUAA